GCGCCGUGCACACCGCCAAGCCUGGGGCUUGGGCCGUGGCACUGCCGCCCUCCUGCACCCCGGACCUGCUCCCACGCGUCCCCUCCAUCCUGGUUGUGGAAACCCCCUGCAGACGUCGGGCCGGCCUUAUCUCCGUGGGCGCAGGCAGCGGCAGAGCCGCCAGCGAGAGCUGCGCGGCACCGGCCCCGGGAGAUUGGAGGCUGUCGUGGGGAGAGAGGCUGCCGAUCUGGGCGGCGGCGCUCUGCGCGCUCCAGAUAAGGCGUCCCCGGCCGUCCCGGCGGUGCGGGAGCGCUGCCAGCGCGGCCCGGCGCCCCUCGCCUCCCUCCGCCGGCCCUCGCGCUCCCUCUCAGCACCCUUCCCGGCCGCUCGCCCUCUUGCAGACCCCUCGCUCCUGCUUGUUUUCCUUCCUCAUCAGCAUUCGCGUCCACCCGUCCCCGCACCCACCCUGCCGCCAGCCUCUGCCACUUCCUCUGCCUCCUGCGAUUUGCUAUCUCAUCCAUCUGCUCGCCCGCGCCGCGCCUGGCCCCGCCGCCGCUCCCGCCCCGCUCCGCGCUGCAGAGGCAGCACCCGAGCCCCAGCCUGGUGUUAGCGCCCAGAGGGAUGUGGAGCCACAGAGGCCGCGGACCCUGUGAGUGACGCAGCCCCUCCGGCCCGCGGCUGAAUGGAAAGACUGCAGAAGCAACCGCUGACCUCCCCUGGGAGCGUCUGUUCCUCCCGCGGCUCCAGCGUCCCGGGAUCGCCCUCCAGCAUCGUGGCCAAAAUGGACAACGAGGUUCUGGGCUACAAGGACCUGGCGGCCAUCCCCAAGGACAAAGCGAUCCUGGACAUCGAGCGCCCCGACUUGAUGAUCUACGAACCCCAUUUCACCUACUCGCUCAUGGAGCACGUGGAGCUGCCACGGAGCCGAGAGCGCUCCCUGUCGCCUAAAUCCAUCUCGCCUCCCCCGUCUCCAGAGGUCGUCCGGGAAUGGCUGGAGAGCCGGUCCCCGGGGAGCGCUGCGCAGAGCGCCCCGCGCCAAGGCGGCACCGCGGCCCGCAGCAGCGUGCAGCACUUCCACCGCCCCGAGACCGACACGGCGGAGCUGAACAUAUACAAGAAGCCCCCGAUCUACAAGCAGAAAGAGCACCACCCUGGCACCCACCACGGGAAGCAUCUCAUAGAGGACUUGAUCAUCGAAUCCUCCAAGUUCCCGGCGGCCCAGCCCCCAGAUCCCAACCAGCCCGCCAAGAUCGAGACGGACUACUGGCCGUGCCCCCCGUCGCUGGCGGUCGUGGAGACAGAGUGGAGGAAGCGGAUGGCCUCCAAGAGAGGGGAGGAGGAGGAAGAGGACCUCACGGAGGAGAUGAAGAACCUGCAGGAACUGCAGAGGCAGGAGCUGAGCAAGGUCACCUCCAACCUUGGGAAGCUGAUCCUGAAGGAGGAGAUGGAGAAAUCUCUCCCCAUCCGGAGGAAAACCCGCUCGCUGCCUGACCGGACGCCCUUCCACACGUCUCUGCACUUGGGGAGCUACAAGAGCUCCUCGCUGCCCGCGUCCGGGAGGAGCACCCUCACCCGGCUGCAGUCGGCAGAGUUCGGCUCGGCAAGCAGCGAGAAGGGCAGCCCGGGCUUGCAGGUAAGCGCUCGCCUGGCUGCCGGCGCCGAGACCCAGCGAGAGGAACGGCCAGCGCGGGCGCAUGGACAGAGGCAACUCCCUGCCCAGCAUGCUGGAGCAGAAGAUCUACCCCUACGAAAUGCUGAUGGUGACCAACAGAGGCCGCGUGAAGCUGCCCCCCGGCGUGGACAGGACCAGGCUAGAGCGGCACCUCUCCCCCGAGGAUUUCCUGCGGGUCUUCGAGAUGUCCCCGGAGGAGUUCAGCAAGCUGGCGCUGUGGAAGCGCAACGAGCUGAAGAAGAAAGCCUUCCUCUUCUGAGCCCGCCUCGGCCCCGAGCUCAGUCCGCGUCGCGCCGUGUAACCGCUUUAGGGCUCUCAGCCGGUUUUAACUAGGACCCCCUUCCCUCUCCGCCCGCCCCUGCAAACGCCGGUCCCCCAGCCCCCGUCUCGCUCGCCCCAUGGGGAAAGGGGGCCGGAGGGCUCGACCCUCCCUGCACCGCCCCAUCGCCUGCUCCCGCUCGGCAUCCCGCUCGCCGUGGGGCGCCGGGGCUGCGCGGGGCGCCGCUUCGGCUGGCGGGGGAGGCCCAGGGGCUCCUGCCCUCGGGGCCAGUGGGUCCCUGGGGUAGGCAGACCCCCUCCCAGCCCCCCUUCCCCCCAGCACCCACUUCUCCAGCCCCGCUUUGGGCUGGCGGGUUGGGAGCAUGCCAGGAUGCGGGCACCAGGGCGGCUUCCCUCCCUGCCUCCCGACCUGACCCGGCCCGCAGCCUCCCGCUCCCACGCUGCCACCCCAAGCAGGGACUUGGGAAGAGCCUAGAGGCCGGGCCGAUGGGCUCCUGGUGAGCUGGGCCGGCAUCCCACCUCGCUCCCCUGCAGCCCCAGUUACCACCGCGCCGGUGCCAGCUCCUGCAGCAAGGACCACACCGACUCGUACACUGCCAAAACCUGCACGGCACAGGGGCUCCGCAGGCUGGCGGUGAGGCCUGGAGCGCCGUGCCCCUGCCGGGGACAGGCAGCCUCGCCGCGGCAUGGACAGGCAGCUUGCAGGCCUGCACGGCCGUGCCGGCAGGAUGAGCAGGGUCACGGGCAAGAGCCAGGGCUAACGGAGCCUGGGGAGCAGCUCCAGAGCUCGCUGCCCUUCUCCAGCUGCAAACGCACCCUGGGCAACGCUCGCCCAUCGCCUGGCGUCGGGGCAGCGCAGGGCCCGGCUCUCUGCAGGCAGCCGGGUGGGAAAAAGCAGGGCACGGCUCAAAGGGCACGGCGAGCGCGGGGUCCGGGCGCCGCGGCGGGCAGCGCCUCCCUCUCGCGCCUCCCCCCCCCACACUUCGGGCACACGUUUUGGGCAGAGACCCCUCUGCCCCCGCACUCCCCGGUCCCCCACACUCCCUGGUUUCUGUUUCCAGCCACUCUCCAGCCGCUAAACCUUGUUGGGAUGUAAAGAAUGUAAUUUAUCGGGAAAUCACUGGCCCAUUCUUGCCUUUCACUGCUACUUCUACGAACGACAUAUCUAUAAAUAUAUAUAUAAAUAUGGAUUGUUUUCUGAUUUGAAUACAGUGAUUCACUUUCUCUGUUUUGUUAGAUUUUUAUUUUAUUUGCUGGUGUCAGAGAAUUCCGUGUGAGAGUGAUUUUUGCUUAUAAUUAAAGGUGAAAUGGCUUUA